UUUGCUUCCCGACCUCAGGAGCAGCUCGAAGCUUGGCAUAUGCUGCCGUUCCUUACUCAUCACCGAGUAUAACCGUUGCAGGAUGGCUAUGACUGACGUGCUCAGCGCUGAGGAUAUCAAGAAGGCUGUGGGAGCCUUUUCAGCGGCUGAAUCUUUUAACUACAAGAAGUUUUUCGAGAUGGUAGGACUGAAAAAGAAGAGCCCUGAAGACGUGAAGAAGGUUUUCCAUAUUCUUGACAAAGAUCGAAGUGGCUUCAUCGAAGAGGAAGAAUUAAAGUUUGUGCUGAAGGGCUUUACCCCCGAUGGAAGAGACCUAUCGGACAAAGAAACGAAGGCUCUUCUGGCUGCUGGAGAUAAGGACGGUGAUGGUAAAAUUGGCGCUGAUGAAUUUGCAACUAUGGUGGCUGAAUCAUAAAGGCUUUGACCAAUGCAACCCCUUCACCCAUCCUUCACUGUUCAAUUCCAACCACCUCCUGCUGACUGCUUUGGCUCCUGUUCUAUUUAUUUAUGUUAUUUUAUACUCCAGCUCUGUUCUCUGCAAUCCUGCAACUCUGUAAUUGUGCUGAAAGACACUGUUAAAAUAAUAAAGGUCACAUCAAUCUGGGCUUUAUUC